AUGGAAAAUACCAAGACCGUCGUAGAGUCAUGGUGUCUCCGAGCUGAUGAUCUACUAGGUGAGGGAAGCUUCGGACGGGUGUACAAGGCCACUCGAAUAGUUACCGGUCAGAUCAUGGCUGUCAAGAAAUCCCGAGCAUCUCUUGCACUCAAAACCACUGUCUUAGAUCAUGAGCAACAGGUUCUGCAGCGUCUGCAGGGGCACCCUUCCAUCCCGAGAGUCUUUGCCUAUGGACAAUUGGAGCAUUUCGAGUAUCUUGCUAUGCAGCUCCUCGGGACAAGCCUUGGUGAAGUGCGAGCAUGCCGUCCUCUACUGGCAGAAAACACCUUAGUGGUUGCUGAUCAGAUGAUCUCGGCUCUCGAACACAUACACACAAACAAACUUGUUCACUGCAAUGUCAAACCUGGGAACAUCAUCCUCCAUCCCACCGAUCCCAAGCGCUUGUAUCUGGUCGACUAUGGGCUCACUCGGGCUAUUGCACGUGAGGCCCAACCCAACCUCUCUACGGAUGAACCCCUGGCAUCGCAUGCCAUUGGCACGCUGGGGUACAUAUCAUAUGCUUCCCUCUUACCUGACAGGAAUGCAGGAUCAGCUCCGUGUGACGAUAUAGAAUCUCUUGGCUAUACGCUCAUCAGUCUUGCUCGAGGAGACCUUCCAUGGACAUACAACACUCGACAUGGAACAAGCAAGAAUCAGGAAGUUCAAGUUAGAAUCAAAAAGCAGCAAUUUAGCGGUGCUGACAUGUCCCCAGAUGGCUUACCUUGCAUUGAAACUCGUGCACUAGCUGGCUUGCUGGACCCUGCUAAAAUCAACUGGAAUAUUCCGGCUGAGGCUUUGUCAGACUCUCUGCCAGGUCCCCUUAUAUGCGUGGAUACAAUUCCCCUCUGUCCUGGACAGAUUGUAUGCUGCCAAAUUGAUGUUCGCACAACUAUUGAGGGCUACAGCACUCGAGCGGGUGAUCCAUUGUUCUGGCGGGAUCCCAGUCUCUCCCCUGAAAAAUGGGACACAGCGGUCCGCCCUGCAGUUCUCCAGAGUAUUGUAGUCAUCUGUAUUGGACAAGGAGUCCUCUCUUCCACUGACAUGAAUGUUGUUCCCAACUCCUCCUCACCUACUGAGGGCAGUUUGAUGCCGAGUCCCACUUGGCCGCUCUCUGACUCCUACUGCUACAUAUUUCCUUGGCUGAUGCAAUUUAUUACUGCAUUUGGCCUGGAUUUUUCUCGUGGUAAUGGAGAAGGCAUGCCCAUCGAAUGGGGAGGAUGCAGAGCAUGGCAUGACGAGUGGCAAACUGUCAAGGAGCAUCGCGAGAAACUUGACCAGUGCUCACGCGAUUAUAAACGCACUCUGCCUGACAGUUAUUUCGCCCUGGACUUUGAGAAAUGGGGGGGUUUUCAGAUGGAACUGAGCUCAUCUGUGACGGCAGGUUUGGAUGACAACGAUGACACUGGAUUGCCUCUGCUGCCCCUGAUCGUUGAUAUUGAGAUGUCUCGCGAUGUGCGUUUUAUGUAGAGCUUCAUGAUGCCAUACUGUACAAUGUACAUGCCAACCUGUAGCUGAUACUC